AUGCGGCUCUCCGAGCUGAAAGCUCCUGCAUGCUAUUAUGUCGGAUUUAAUGGGAAGCAUCAGCAAUUUUCCACAGUAUUUUCAUUUUACCCAUUUGGAAGUGAUUUGCAGGGCGAUGACAUGGUUGGAGCAAUGACAGACAACCUUAUUGAAGCACACCAGUGUCUUUGGGGACUUGACAAGGUAGAUGUGGAAAGCCGUGGAGUUGAUUUGGAAAGUUUUGCUACUACAAAACAUAACUGUUUACCCUAUGAAUUCCAUCUACCAACAGUGUUGUUUGUGUUUAGGUCUGCACACCUGGUAUCCAGAUACCGCCCACGUGCUCCAAUCAUUGCUGUAACUCGUGAACCUCAGACUGCACGUCAGGCUCAUCUUUACCGUGGUAUCUUCCCUGUCCUCUUCAAACCACCAGCUGAUGCAGUAUGGUCUGAUGAUGUUGAUCACAGGGUGAAUUUUGCCAUGGAAGUUGGCAAGGCUCGUGGUUUCUUUAAGUCAUGUGACCUGGUGAUAGUGCUGACAGGCUGGCGCCCAGGAUCUGGUUCCACCAACACCAUGCGUGUGCUGCAAGUGCCCUGAAUGGAUAGGAACACCUUCGUCCACUGCAGUACCACCACCUCCCUUUAGGCAGCUGUCGCUUUAUGUACUGCAGAGCGGCUGCUAACCCUUUGAGCAGCUCCACUUCAGCAACUAAAAGAAUGCAGCGUUCUUGGUCAUAACAUGUUCACUCCUUAUCACGUUGCUCUGUACUGAACUUUGACUUCCUGAUGUAAGACUAUUAAAAAUGUUUCAGUCAGUGUAGUAUGUUGUACUAAGUGCAUCAUACCUUCAUAACCCUUUAUUUAUACUUGUGGUUGAGAUCUACAGUAAAAUAAACUGCCCAGUAAUGAACCCUGGUAUUAUUUAGGUAUGGCCUUGGCUAAAUUAGAUGUGCAUUAUUCAGAUACUGUACUAUUCUUUUUAAGUUCAAUCUGUUGAAGUUUGAGAUUAGACCAGAUGUUUCACUUAGUACAACAUGCUUUUGUGAAUAUAGGAGAAAUGCAGUUUAAUUGCACAUUUUGUGGAUAUCAAUAAAAGCUAGCUCCCAAAAGUUUCA